GGGGUGAAACACAAGUUGCUUGAGGAGUGAGUGGUUUGGCAACUUUAAUUAGACUUCACGAUUGUGCUCUGGACAUCAAAUUCAUUCAUUUCGUUGACUCACCUCUGGUCACGUCCUUCAUUUCAGGUCUCCGGAUAUAUGUUCAGAAUCUUCAUCUCAUCAAGUAUCGUCAACAUCUUCAAACUCUCCACCAGACAACAUCUCAAAGAUGCCGUACCCACCGACCUCGGAAGCUAUUACCGCUACCAAUCCUGUAACAUCCUCUGUCGUCGCCCCAAUAUCAGUACCAACCUACGGACCCGGUGGCUCCUUCGCUGUCUUCGCACGCACGCAUAUCUCUGCUCCACCCUCAACCUGCCUCUCGCUGAUCAGAGACACUUCAAACUGGAGAAAAUGGAACACCUUCUGUCCCUCCAUCACCCUGUCACCAAAGUCACCUCCUCCACCUGCAACUUCCGAUCCCGCAAUUCCUACUGGAAAUGAAGGCUGGCUUGAACUCGGCACUACCGGGGCCUUCGAUGUAUUCAUGAGCGGCGACGGCCUAAUCCCAGGACGAAAAAGAAGCAGGACACAAGGCAUGAUCGUCACUGUCCUCUCUCCCAUGACAGAAAACGAAAAGAAAGGGUACAGAAUAGCAUGGAAAGGCACCGGUUACUUUCACUGGCAACUGCAUUCCGAACGAGUAAUGGAAUUCAUUUCCAUCACUUUAGAAAACGGGGAGCAAGGCACGGAAUUCAACUGCUGGGAGACAUUCGGCGGCGUUCUCGCCCCCGUUGUGAAAGCCACCUACGGCCAGACGUUGGUUGAGCGAUUUGGCGAUUAUCAGCGUGACGUGAAGGCUUUCCUCGAGAGUCCAUCUACGGCCGUAUCCAACGGGGAAGCUUUGGCGUCAGCAGAAAAUGAAAAUGGAGUCAGCACGUGAUGAAUAGAUCAAGCUGAGGUGGUGAGCUGCCGCAUUUGGUAUACGAGGGUAUACGAGCUCUGUAUUCAACCUGACCAGGGCUCGGGAUGAAUGGAAGGCUUCGCUCGUCAGAAUAAGGUUUCUCG